AGGUUAAAAGUAAAAAUUUGCAUCUGGCCACACUGGCUUUAACCCAAGUUUUGUUUAUUAUUAUUUAGCGGCUAAGUUUGUGUUUAUUUAACUAACAAUUAUGGAGGUGGAAUUUAGCAAGGACAACUUUCUCCUGCCUGAGAUGAAGUACGAAUAUUUGGAUCAUACCGCCGAUGUGCAACUCCACGGCUGGGGAACGAGUCUAAAGGAAGCCUUUGAACAAUGUGGCGUGGCCAUGUUCGGAUAUAUGACCGAACUGGAGUACGUAUCCGUGGAACAGUGCUUUGAGAUAGAAGCGAAGGGUGAUGAUCUGGAGGGAUUGCUGUUCCAUUUCCUUGACGAACUGCUGUUCCUCUUCUCCGCCGAGCCAUACUUGGUGUGCAAAAAGUUGGAGAUCACCAAGUUCGACAUGGAAACUUUUGAGAUAUCGUGCCGCUGCUAUGGUGAACCCUUUGAGCUGGGAAAGCAUCCGCAGGGCACCGAGGUGAAGGCAAUCACAUAUUCGGCGAUGCAAAUUGUUCAGGACACGACGGCCAACCACUACGAGGUGUUUGUCAUAAUUGAUAUUUGAUUCAGCAGCUCCGAUCGUAUGGAAUUAAAUGUGACUGUUUUUGUUUCCA